AUGAAACUGCACAACGAUAACAAACAGUUUAAAAAAGUUCUCGAACUGUUCGAUCAUCACAACAAAAACAACAGCGCUCAAACAUGUUACAACUUAGUUAUCACUCAAGUAUUAAAAGCAUGUGCGCAUCUAGGUGACAUCAAACGUGGCAAAGUAAUUCAUGAAAUGGUUUUCUCUCGUGUCGACAAGGAUGUGUACAUACUAGUCUCCUUGAUUCAUAUGUACAUGCAAUGUGGAGAUGUAGCGCAAGCUGAGGUGUUAUUUGAGAAAACAGCAAAUAGAACAUUGCCAGUGUAUGGAGCGUUGAUGAAAGGUUAUUUAACGAAUAAUCAUGCACAAAAGGCAAUUGACAUUUUCAAUAUGAUCGAAAAUCCUGGUGAAAUAGCUGUGAAUCUGUUCUUGAACGCUUGUGCACAAUUGGGUACGCCUGAAGCUUCGGAUUCAGCAAAGCAGAUUUUGAGAAAAAUGCCAAAAUCAUUUCAUUCAAAUUUAUAUAUCAGAGCAUCUCUAUUGGAUGUAUUUAUGAAAUGUGGUGACGUCGAUUAUGCUGAAAGAAUGUUUGGAAAAAUUGCAAAGAAAACAUCAGCAAUGUAUGGUGCGAUGAUUAAAGGCUAUUUAGAGAAUAACGAACCUAUGAAAGCAAUCGAUCUUUUCAAUCAAUUGGAAAAACCUGGUGAAGUGCAUGUGAAUCUUUUCUUCAACGCUUGCGCACAAUUAGGAACGCGAGAGGCUUUAGUUAUGACACAAAAUGCUUUCAAACACGUGCCAAAAGCAUUUCAUAUGAAUCCGAUCAUAGUAACUUCAUUACUAGAUGCAUUGAUGAAAUGCGGCGGAGUUACUGAGGCUGAAUCGAUUUUCGAAGAUUUAUCCAAUAAAACAAUACCGAUGUAUGGUGCUAUGAUGAAGGGUUAUGUAGAGAAUAACCAGAUGAAUAAAACAAUUGAUCUCUUCAAGCAAAUUCGAGAACCGAAUGAUGUUAUUAUGAUUGUUCUGUUUAAUGCAUGUGCUCAUCUUCGCACGAAAGAAUCAUUAGAUAUUACUAAGCAGGCAUUGAGAAGAAUGCCGAAAUCCUAUUAUUCGAAUCCUCGAUUAUUGACCUCAUUGCUAGACGCAUUGAUGAAAUGCAAAGCUGUCGAAGAUGCUGAAAAAUUAUUUGGAACGGUACCAAGGAAAACAUCGCCAAUGUACGGAGCUAUGAUGAAGGGUGAAGAGGACUUUUUCUAUAUAACAUACACGAAAAAAGAAAACAUUUCUUUAGGCUAUGUGCUGAAUGGUUUGGCUACUAAGGCUAUAGACCUGUUUGUUAAAAUUGAAGAUCCUGAUGAGGUGAACAUCAUCUUCUUUUUUAAUGCUUGUGCACAUUUAAAGACAAAACAAGCAUUACAAUCGGUCCGAGAAGUUUUGAAGUCAAUGCCAGCGUCGUAUCAUUCCAACUCACUUGUUCUUAGUUCACUAAUCGAUGCUUUGGUAAAAUGUGGCAGUAUCACUGAAGCGGAGUCCGUAUUCAAGCGAUCAGAAAGGAGAACAUCGUCUAUGUAUGUAGCUAUGAUGAACGGAUAUAAUAAUGAUGAAUCGCCAUGGAAAACACUGCGCUUAUUUGAUCAAAUGACAAUUGACAUGAUCGAAAAAGAUAUUGUAGUUUGUCUGUAUUUGAUUAAAGCAUUAUCAAUGAUAGGUGAUUACUCCUUGUGUCAGUUGUACAUCAAGAAAUUUCCAUGUGGUAUUCCGAAUGACAAUCAUGUUGCAUGUGCACUAAUCGACAUGUGGGGAAGAGUUGGUCAAGUCGAUGAAGCGAAGAAAAUAUUUGGAGAAGUUCGUGAUGAAAACUACGUUACAUACACAGCAAUGAGUUGGUAUUAUGCAAACACUUUUGAAAAUUUUCUCGUGAUUCUUCCUCUUUUAGUCCAUUGUUUUGGUUUAAAUGGAUAUGGCAACGAAGCUGUAGAACUUUACCAUCAAAUGUCUAAAGAGUUUGUCAGUGAAGUGACAAACAUUUGUGUAUUGAAUGCUUGUUCACAUUCUGGGUUGGUGAAUGAUGCUCGUGCAAUUUUUGGCAAUAUUCCAGUAAAGACUGAGAAAAUCUAUUGUGCAAUGAUUGACUGCUUGAGUCGUGCGUCAUGUCUUGAAGAAUCUCAACAACUACUUAAUGAAUAUGAGCGAUUUAAUCCACCUCUCCUACCUAUGUACACUGCAAUAUUAUCUGGUGCAAGAAAUUCAAGGAACACGGAAUUAUCACAAAGAAUUCAUGAUAGAAUGCAGAAACUGUUUCCUCGAGAUAAAGAUUCCCUCACUGCAGCGACAAUUCUUCUGGCCAACGUGUAUGCGUCGACAGGAGAAAGUGAAAAGGCAUCAGAUAUUCGCAGUAAGUUGAGCAAAUCGGGUGCUAAAAAGAAAAUUGGUUUAUCAUGGACUACGAUCAAUGGAGAAGUAUUUGUGAGUCUUCAAUUUUCAUUAUAUAUUUUUAAAAAGCAAAAAUUUUCAAAGGAAUUUCGAGCGCAUGACCGGUCGCAUCCUCGCUCUAAUGAAAUUUACGCUGAGUUAGAGAAAAUCUCCGAAGAACUUGUUGAACACAACCACGCAUAUGACUCAAGCUGUGUCACACGUGUGCUCAAGGAAGAUGAAACUGUCGAAUCUGUACUUAAUGGCCAUAGUGAACGUUUAGCGAUUGCAUGGAAUUUUGUGUUGAAUCCAAAAACAACAAGGAUACAAUUAAUAAAAAACCUUCGCGUAUGUAGUGAUUGUCAUGCAGUCACCAAAUUAAUUGCGAUGAUUCGUCAGUGUGAAAUUGUUGUGCGCGAUGCUAAUCGGAUUCAUCAUUUUUACACGAAUGGGCAAUUUUUCUUGGUCAGAACUAGUGACCAAGUGGGAUGCCUCACCAAUGUAAAAGAUUUUCAAAUUCAACUCAAUGAUACAAACUUAGACGAGCAAAUCCAAAACUUAACAUCGCGUUUGAUUAAUCGUACCCAACAAGCAUCAUUUUGUUCGUUUAAUCUAUCGCUUUUACACACAACACGUCAAGUUAUAGUUCGAUAUUCACGUCCACUCAAAGUUGAAGCUGAUCAGAUAGUCGUGAAAACCGUCGUUGAGUUAGUUCGGAACACAUCGUUAGUGACCACAGUGCAAGGAAAAUGUACAACACAUGUAUGUGAUUUGGAAUACACAAUAAGUACCGUACGGUGGAUGCUAUCAGAAGGAAAAUCGUACAGUAAUUGGUUUAAUGAGUAUCAACUAAAAGAUUGUCAUGGUUUCCCAUGUCUCAACAGAAAGUUACUAGAUGUUCGCUCGGCUCGGUGCAUAGCCACCGCGAGACAACCAUAUGUUGAACUUGAAAUAACUUAUUAUUGCAAUAGCAAACUCACUGAUAGUAAAAUUUUCCUUUUGAUGUGGGAAAGAGUCAAUAUGAAUAAAUUAUUCAAAACGAUUAAAUUAACAAGUUCUCCAGGUGACGAAACAACAGUUAAAACAACAACGAUGAGAAGAACAACAAUGAUGAGAAGAACAGCAACAACAACAAAGAGGAAAACGACAACGACGACUACUUGUUCAGCAGCUUCAACAAAACUCUGUACUUCAUCAAUCUUACUAUUUCUUCUCCUAAUCAAUAUGAUUUUCUUUAAAUAUUGUUUGUAA